AAAUUAAAAUUAUUUGACUAGCAUGAAUUCAUAACUUUCAAUAAGUUGUUUAAUAAAUUGGUUAUCCACUUUGGGCUAAAUUGAUUCUUUAGGAAAAAAAAAAAAGAAAAAAACCCAAAAAAAAAAAAAGAAAAGUGAUUGGGCCAGUGAUUGGGCGUGAACUCGGCCUAAAGCCUCGCAAAUUCCCAACUCAAAAACUCAUGUAUGCUAGGAACCCUGCGGACCAGUGAUUGGGCCGGUACAAGCUGGGCUCAAUCCCACGCUGGCAACACCUAGCUGGACCCAACGUGUGACAGGCACUAAUUUUACCUAAGAAAAGUAUUCUUUAAUUGGAAAAGGAAAAAAGAAAAUGAAACAAUAAAAAAUUGUUUUUUCUUUUAAUAUAUUAAACUUAAAAUAUGACUAAACAAUUAUUUAAAAAAAAAAAACAGCAGACAGAAAGAAAAGAACUACAAAGAGACAGGAAAGAGGUGGAAGGAAAGCAAAAUAUGAACAAACAUAUUUUGAUCUGAAAUCACCACUUCGUUUCCCUCCAGCACCACCACCACCACCACUACCACCAUCACCACUACCACCAUCACCGUUGCCGUCGUCAUAACCACCGUCACUUUGUACAACAUUAAACACUUGUACAGACAUACAUAAAACAUAAAAAUUCAUUUGAUUUUGUAAAAUUUGAACCAGAAACCACAAAAGCCAAAGAAAAAGAGAGAAGAAAAUACCAAAAAGCAAAAAUGUCUCUAAACAUGAAGACCCUAACACAAGCCCUUGCAAAGACAGCAGCAGUAAUAGAAAAGACCGUACAAACAACGGUACAAGAAGUAACCGGACCCAAAGCGUUACAAGACUACGAUCUUUUAGACCAGAUCGGCUCUGCCGGACCAGGACUAGCAUGGAAACUGUACUCAGCAAAGGCAGCGCGUGAGUCAACGCGCGCGCACCAGUAUCCUACUGUAUGCGUUUGGGUCUUGGAUAAGAAAGCGUUGACGGAGGCGCGUGUAAAGGUUGGACUUUCGAAGUCGGCGGAGGAUUCGUUUUUGGAUGUGAUUAGGGCAGAUGCUGGGCAGCUUGUUAGGUUGAGGCAUCCUGGAGUGGUGCAUGUGGUGCAAGCUUUGGAUGAGAAUAAGAAUGCCAUGGCUAUGGUUACUGAACCGCUUUUUGCGUCGGUGGCUAAUGCACUUGGAAAUUUGGAGAAUGUUAUGAAAGUUCCUAAGGAGCUCAAAGGAAUGGAAAUGGGAUUGUUGGAGGUGAAACAUGGUUUACUUCAAAUUGCAGAAUCCUUGGACUUUCUCCAUAAUAAUGCACGUUUGAUACACCGAGCUAUAUCACCUGAGAAUGUCCUAAUCACUUCAAGUGGAGCAUGGAAGCUUGGUGGAUUUGGUUUUGCAAUCCCAACAGACCAGGCCGGUGACUUGCCUAGUUCUCAAGCCUUUCAUUAUGCUGAAUAUGAUGUCGAGGAUUCUAUACUGCCUCUUCAGCCAUCUCUGAAUUACACUGCACCUGAACUUGUUCGCAGCAAGUCACCUUCAGCUGGAUGCUCUUCCGAUAUUUUCAGUUUUGGAUGUCUUGCCUACCACUUGAUUGCUCACAAACCUUUGUUUGACUGCCACAACAAUGUCAAGAUGUAUAUGAAUACCUUGAAUUACCUAUCCAAUGAAGCCUUCUCCUCUGUUCCACCAGAAUUAGUUCCUGAACUGCAGAGGAUGAUAUCUGCAAAUGAGUCUUUCAGGCCAACAGCACUGGAUUUUACAGGUUCUUCAUUUUUCCGGAAUGACACUAGGUUGCGUGCUCUUCGCUUUCUGGAUCACAUGCUUGAAAGAGAUAAUAUGCAGAAAUCUGAAUUCCUGAAAGCAUUAUCAGAUAUGUGGAAAGAUUUUGACUCACGUGUAUUGCGGUAUAAGGUACUUCCACCAUUAUGUGCAGAACUUAGAAACAUGGUAAUGCAACCGAUGAUUCUUCCCAUGGUUCUCACCAUAGCAGAGUCUCAGGAUAAACACGAUUUUGAACUAUCAACACUUCCAGCUCUCAUUCCCGUCCUGAGUACUGCUGCAGGCGAGACACUACUGCUGCUUGCGAAGCAUGCUGAACUCAUUAUUAACAAGACUAGCCAGGAGAAUUUAGUAUCCCAUCUCCUGCCUUUGCUUAUUCGAGCUUAUGAUGAUACUGAUCCACGCAUUCAAGAGGAAGCCAUAAAAAAAUCUACAUCCCUUGCUAAGCAACUUGAUAUUCAGCUAGUGAAACAAUCAAUUCUGCCUCGGGUUCAUGGCUUAGCACUUAAAACAACUGUUGCUGCGGUAAGAGUCAAUGCUCUGUUAUGCUUCGGGGAUCUUGUUCAUAAACUCGAUAAACAAGCUAUUCUGGAAAUCUUGCAAACGAUUCAACGUUGUACAGCUGUUGACCGUUCUGCUCCCACCCUUAUGUGUACCCUUGGGGUUGCAAAUUCAAUUCUCAAGCAGUAUGGAGUAGAAUUUGUGGUAGAGCAUGUCCUUCCACUACUCGUACCUCUUCUUACUGCCCAACACUUGAGCGUUCAGCAGUUUGCGAAGUAUAUGCUCUUUGUGAAGGAUAUCCUCAGGACGAUAGAAGAAAAGAGAGGAGUCACAGUAACUGAUUCUGGAAUUCCAGAGGUGAAGCCAGUAUCAUUUCCCAACGGGCUUCAGUCUCAAUCCUCAAGCAAAACAGGUGCAAUUGUGGCUCCUGCAUCGAAAAGUAGCCCUUCAUGGGAUGAGGAUUGGGGUCCUAUCUCGAAAGGACAUGCUACUAAGAACCAGCCUUCUACAAGCAAGCCAUUAUCUACUCCCUCCAUUUCAAGUAAUCAGCCAAUUCAGUUAGCUUCUUUGCAGUCAGAAUCUGCCUCGAAUUCUGGUGUUUCUGUUCAGCAAACAGCUGCAUCAUGCCCUGCAGUUGACAUAGAAUGGCCCCCUCGGGCACCUUCAGGUGUAACUCCUCAGUUAGGUGAUUUUGACAAGCAAUUGAAGACAGGAACAGCAUCCUCUUCAAGCUUCGAUGAUCUAGAUCCUUUUGCUAAUUGGCCUCCACGAACCAGUGGUACUUCCAGUGCAUCUGGAAAUAAUGGUUCUGUUGGAUUACUGGCAAACAAUUAUGUUACCAAUCUGAGCACAAGCACACCCAGCAGUUUGAACUUCCAAAGCAAUGGAAAUAAUAGUUGGGCCUUUAAUAACCAAAGUUCAUUUGAGCCAUUGAAAUCAAACCAAGGGCUAAAUGCUGGUAGUUUGAAUAGUGGUGUAAGUUCACAGAAUUCUAUUGGUCUCAUGAAACAGAAUCAAAACAUGUCUAUUUUAGGUUCUUAUAAUGAUAAGAAAUCAACAGAUCUGGGAUCUAUAUUUGGUUCCAGCAAGAAUGAACAGUUGGCACCUAAACUUGCUCCGCCUCCAUCAACUGCAGUAGGUAGAGGAAGAGGAAGAGGAAGGGGAGCCUCAUCUAGCACAAGGACUAGCCAUGCCAAACCGCAGGCUGAACAACCGCCUCUUCUAGACUUGCUGUAAUGGGUUGGUUCGGGUGGUCUUUACCAUAUGAAACAAACAGGAAGGGAAAAGAAAGCAUAUAUCCUGGACGUCCACUCCAUGCCGUGCCAGAGGCAGUUGGAUUAUCUUAAAGGAUAAAGUUCAUCUUGGGCAGAAUCCAUAAGAAACGGCAUGGUCUUAAAAGUGAUUGUUGUGAAUUGUUUGUAGCUUAUUUUGUCGACCCUUAACAGGGUUCUUUCUUUGGCUUUUCCUCUUUUCUGUCCUUUUUUCUUUAUAAAGAAAAAAAAUUGUUUUAUGUUCACUCGGAUCAGUAAAACAGUCUGACUUUGAGAAGUAGUUUUGGCUGGAAAAUGUAUUUUCAAAACAAUUCCAGUUCCAGCAACUGGUUUAGAAAUAAUGAAAGUGAAGUGAAUAUUUGAGUCUCUA